AUGCCAGCACCUACGAGGGCGGUGAACCAGAAGAAGGGUAAUCCAACGGAUGUGCUGCCGAAGGAUGAUGUUGAACUGCGAUUGGAAAAAGAGUUGUUUGGCGACGAUGCGGGCUUCCUCGAGUCCUUGAAGAGAGCCCAAGUCCAGGAGGAGUGGUCACUAGCAAAACACGAGGGCGAUGAAGAAGAUCUGCAUGGAGUCGACGAGCCAGAUGGAGAACCGGGUGAUGUCGCAGACGAUGAUUUGUUCUUCCUCGACACUGGUGCGACCCAACUGCCAGCAUCUAUUGUGCAUGAGCUUGACCAGACAGAGCAGGAGCAUGUCUCCUCUGUCCGGCAGCCUGCUUGGUACGACAGCGAUGACGACCGGCUCACCGUUUCUCUGGCCUCAAAUACACGACUGCGCAAGCUGCGGGAUACCGAAGACGACGAUGUCGUGAACGGUAGAGAGUAUAUACAGAGACUACGGCGCCAGUACGAACGACUUCACCCAACGCCCGAAUGGGUCACGUAUGCUAGGAAGAGGAGGAAGCUAUCUCAGCUGGGCGAUCGAGAUGCGGCGUCCGACUCUGAUGUGUCAAUGGAUGAUGAAGACUCCCUUCCUUCAGCCCGGCCGCUCGCUGAGCUGCUGCGGACAGCUGGGUCUUUGACUCGAACGGGCGCGAAGCCCAGCACGAAAGAAUUGAGAAAACUCCGACCUGAAGUCGUUGAUAUUCAGCGAUGUAAGGAUGUUGCUGGCUCCAGUCCUUCUUCCAUCGACGCUCUGCAAUUUCAUGCUUACUACCCGCUCUUGCUUGCCGCCGGACCGAGCUCAACCGUCACGCUUUAUCACGUCUCCCCUGAACCCCCCAAUCCGAACCCGAUCCUGACGUCGCUGCACCUGAAGGGCAACCCUCUACACACCGCUGCGUUUUGCCGGCCACGGGAGGGACCAAGUGGCGAAGAAGCGAAUGACCAGACUCGCGUCCUUCUCUCCUCCCGCCGCCGAUACUUCCACACCUGGUCACUGUCCACGGGCGUCGUGUCCAAAGUCACACGAGCACUCUAUGGCCCAGCUCGGAAGGAACAGCGGACGAUGGAGUCUAUGAAGCCUUCACCCUGCGGCCGUUACGUGGGGCUUGUUGGGUCUUCCAAAAAAGGUGGCGGAAGUAUCAACGUGCUGUCGACAGACAGUAUGCAAUGGGUGUGCAGUUGUCGAAUCGAUUCGAGAGGCGGUGUUGCUGACUUUUCAUGGUGGCGUGAUGGCAAUGGAUUUGCCGUAGUGGGAAAGAACGGUGAGGUCAGCGAGUAUGACAUUGAGACGAGGAGCGUGGUGAUGAGAUGGGUCGAUGAAGGCGCUGUUGGUACAACCGUCAUUUCUCUUGGUGGGGACGACACGCGGCAAUGUCCUGGCCGAAGCCGUUGGGUUGCGAUUGGCUCGUCAAGUGGAGUGGUGAAUUUGUACGAUCGACGCGGGUGGAUGGUCAGGCCAGCUUCACUCGAGGGACAGCAGAGGGACCAGAGACCGAGGUCGGCCAGGAUGUUCGACCAGCUGACGACGCCGAUUUCACAUCUCGUAUUCUCCGAAGACGGUCAGAUGCUGGUCAUGUCAUCACGCUGGAAGAAAAAUGCUCUGAGGCUGGUUCACCUUCCCAGUUGCACGCUGUACAGGAAUUGGCCCACGGACAAGACGCCUCUAGGCAGGAUCAGUGCCGUUGCCCUUUCUCCCGAUGGAGGCUACCUGGCCGUGGGGAAUGAGCAAGGGAAGAUCAGACUGUGGGAGAUUCGCGAGUAG